UUGUGGGACAACAAGCCUAUAUAUAAUAUAAGUGUCUUCGACACGAUAUGUCUGUCGCACGGUAUCAUAUGCCCAUACCCGCAUAGGUACAUAGACGCGUGGAGCUUGAAGGAUCUUGAAGGAGCCCCGGCCCAGCUCCAGAGCUCCAGCAGCGAACCUGCGCGAGCCUCCCAAUUCAAUUCUCACGUGUGGCGAUGUGUGGCUUGAAUACGUUUCUUAAUCGCUGUCAACGUUUUAAAUCAAUUAACUCUCAAUACAUUAUUAAAAAAUGAGUGAAUAGCACAGAUUCUACUAAGUACCGACUGCGAUCAAGCUGUAUUGUUGUCAUUAAAACAAACACAUUUUCAGCAUAGAAUCAUGGCUGUUUCAAAAAAUGUUUCCUGUGGCCUGGAUUUCUGCUCAGUUCCAGAUUUAAAAGAUUGUUUAUAUGUGGCCAACUGCUCCAAAUAUCAUUUUGUAUGUAUCCCAUUAGUUCACCCUAAUUAUAAGAGAGAAUUUAUUUCUCCUGAAAUCAAACGAAGUGAACCAUGGACUAGAUCUGAUUUAAUACUCUGUAGUUCAGAUUGGAGUACUUUGGUAGUUGGCAAGCUCUCACCACACAUAUACGUUGAUUCAAAAAUCCACUCUGUCGCUAAAAAUAGUGAAGAAACUUUAUUACAAGAACUCGCAUUAGCUUCUCAUUUAGGGUUGGUCGCCAUUACUAUUAAAUUGAAAGGUAAUAUAGAAAACAAUAUGAAUCUUGCCAGAAUAAUGUUUGACAAGCUAUCUACAACGCAGAAUUUUCAGGCUCAAGUAUGGAUACAAGUUCCAAUGGAGAAUCCAAAAAAACAAGCAUACUCUUAUAGAGAGGAUAUUGAUCUUGAUAAAACAGAAAUUGAAAGUACUUGGCAGUGGUGGAAUCAAUUUAGAAUAGUCUGUGAUUAUGACCGAAAACUUAUAGUAGCUUUAAUUGUCAGCAAUGAUCUUCCUGAUGAAGAUGAAAUUACAAGAUGGUUAGGCGAACCAGUAAAAUGUUUGAUUAUACCUACAACAGUAUUCAUUACCAACAAAAAUGGGUUUCCAGUGUUAAGCAAAGCUCAUCAAGCAAUGAUUAGAAAAUUUUGUGCUUUGGACGUUCAAUUUGUCAUUACUGGAGCCAAUCGUCAUCAAAAUAUAAUUCACUAUUACCACUACAUGGACCAUUUGUGGAAGAACUGGCAACCUAAUGGCCCUAUUGAACGUUUUGCGCGAGGAUAUGAAGAUUAUCUUCAGUGCCCCCUACAACCAUUAAUGGACAACUUAGAAUCAGGAACCUACGAAGUUUUUGAAAAAGAUCCGAUCAAGUAUGCAGAAUAUCAAGCUGCUAUUGAGAGUGCAUUAAAAGAUAUAGGAUCAGAAAAGGAAGCAAGGAAUGAGAAAGAUUCAAUAGUUGUUAUGGUUGUUGGAGCUGGACGUGGACCAUUAGUUCGAGCUGCUUUAAAUGCAUCUGCAAAUGCUAAACGUCAGAUAAAAGUCUAUGCAGUUGAAAAAAAUCCUAAUGCAGUUUUAACAUUACAAGCUUUACAACAAGAAAUGUGGGGAGAUGUGGUAACUAUAGUCUCAUCUGAUAUGCGAGAUUGGAACGCACCUGAAAAAGCGGAUAUUCUAGUAUCAGAACUGUUAGGAUCUUUUGGUGAUAAUGAAUUAUCACCGGAAUGUCUUGAUGGAGUUCAAAAGUUUUUAAAAGAUGAUGGAAUAAGUAUACCAUAUUCCUACACUUCUUACAUUGCUCCAGUCCAAUCAUCUAAGCUAUACAAUGAAGUGAAAGGAUGUAGAGAUAAGGACAAACAUUCCUUAGCACACUUUGAAAUGCCUUAUGUUGUUCAUUUUCAAAAUAAGUAUGAUAUUGAUCUUCCACAACCACUUUUCACUUUUAAUCAUCCUAACAAAGAUGCCAAAAUCGAUAAUUCAAGAUAUGGUAAAAACAUAUUCAAAGCAGAACAAGAUUGUGUACUUCAUGGAUUCUCUGGCUACUUUCUUGCAAUUCUAUACAAAAAUAUAAAAAUCAGUAUUGAACCAAGAACUCACAGUCCUAGAAUGUUCAGUUGGUUUCCCAUUUUCUUUCCUAUAAAGGAUCCAGUAAACUUAAAAGCUGGAGAUGAAAUCGUCAGUCACUUUUGGCGGUGUUGCAGUUCGAAGAACGUUUGGUACGAAUGGUCUGUUGAAAAACCAGUACCCAUCCCGAUUCACAAUCCUUGUGGUAGAUCUUCAACCAUAGGAUUGUAAAUAGAGUUAACAUUAUACUAAAAAAACCUUGCAAUAAUGAAUUUAUGAAAAUAUUUAUCUCUUACUAAGGGACAAGUAUUUUUGCGCAGUAAAAAUUGAUUUCUUCGUUGCGUAACCUAACGAGAAAAUGAAAUAAGCAGAUUCGUUUGUGUCAAACGACAUUUGUUUUUGUUAUUACAAGUUUUUGUGAACAUUUGAGAAAUUUCAUAUAUACGAGUUGAUUCUCAAUUUUGUAUCGUUUUCUCAUCGAAACACUAUUCGUACUAAGCUCGAGGCCGUCGGUAUUGUAAAACCUUCCGAUAACACGAUUUCACGGGUUAUCGUUUUUCAUACGCUGCAAUGUAAUCGUUGCGUCGUGACCUAUUAACCUCACGUGAUCUAUAAGAAAGUAAAGAUUCGGCCCAUUAUACAUUUUUAGGUUCUCAUCGCUCAAAACGUUUACUGUUUUAUUUAUCAUUGGCCCAUGCUUUUUUUUGUUCAAAUAUCAAAAAUACUUUAUUAUCCUUGCUUAUGCUGAUCUUACUUAAGUGACGUUUUUGGAGGCGAAAAUAUUGUAAUUUUGUGAAAGAUAGGACAUUUAUUUACUUAUUUUCGUUUUAUUUUGGAAAAGAUUAAAGAAAUUAAUAGAAUUGUAUAAAAAUAAGUUUUGCAUAAAAGCACACGUUUAUUUAAACUUUAUAAUUUCUAAUGCGUAAAACUAUUUUUAUUUAAUAAGACCAAAAAUCGCUAGAUGCAUGGAUGACUUACUUAUAAAUGCAACAACUUGGUUAAAAAUAAAAUGACAAGGAUAUUUUUUAAAUAAAACUACGUAUUUUGAA